CAAAAGGUUAACAACAACUCCUGAGUUACUUAAAAUCUGGUGAAGUAACUACGGUUUCAGCCCCAAUCACGCACUGUGAAGCCGCGGGCUGUCGUAAUGUCAGAGCCCAAGGCGCCCACUCCGACACCGGGAGACACGUACAAAGGUUGGCUUUUCAAAUGGACAAAUUACAUCAAAGGUUACCAACGACGAUGGUUCGUCUUGAGCAACGGCCUGCUGUCAUAUUACAGGACCCAGGCAGAGAUGGGCCACACAUGCCGGGGCACCAUAAACCUGGCCACAGCCAACAUCGUGGUGGAGGACUCCUGUAACUUUGUCAUCUCGAACGGCGGGGCUCAGACGUACCACCUGAAGGCCAGCACGGAGGUGGAGAGGCAGCGCUGGAUCACCGCCCUGGAGCUGGCCAAGGCCAAAGCCGUCAGCAUGCAGGCCGAGUCUGAUGAAUCUGGGGAUGAAUGUCCUACCUCUCCUCCAGCCUCUGGACAGGGUGUAGGGGCGCGGAAUUCGGAGGUGCAGUCCACCCUCCGUACGCUGGGCAGUAAAGUGGAAGAUCUGAGCACGUGCAAUGACCUCAUCGCUAAGCACGGUUCCGCCCUCCAGAGGUCUCUGUCUGAGUUGGAGGGUGUCCGGCUGGGCGGGGACACUAGUGACAAGAUUCGGCAGGUUACGGAGAGAGCCACGUUGUUCCGCAUCACCUCCAACGCAAUGAUCAACGCGUGUCGGGACUUCCUGGCCCUGGCGCAGGCCCACAGUAAGCGCUGGCAGAAGGCUCUGCAGGCGGAGCGGGAGCAGCGCGUGCGUCUGGAGGAGACCCUGGAGCAGCUCGCCAAACAGCACAACCACCUGGAGAGAGCCUUCAGAGGAGCCACCGUGCUCCCUGCCUCCCAGAGCAACGCCGCCCCCGACAGCAAGGGUUCUGUUCCGGGGAAAGGGGACGUCAGUGACGAGGACGAUGAGAACGAGUUCUUCGACGCCAUGGAGGACGUUCAGGAGUUCAUCACCGUCCCGGCCGACCCCAAGUAUCACAGGAGGUCGGGCAGCAAUGUCAGCGGUAUCAGCAGCGAGAUCGGAAUGGAUGACCAGUCGCUUGACGAACAGUCUCUGGCGUCCAAUCCGGAAUCUCCCCAGUCACAAGAGAUAGAGCCCGUGAGAAAGAGGCGGACCCGCAUCCCAGACAAGCCCAACUAUUCACUCAACCUCUGGAGCAUCAUGAAGAACUGUAUUGGCAAAGAGCUGUCCAAAAUCCCUAUGCCUGUGAACUUCAACGAGCCCCUGUCCAUGCUGCAGCGCCUGUCUGAGGAUCUGGAGUACUCCGACCUGCUGGACAAAGCGGCCAAGUGCCAGAGCUCUCUGGAGCAGCUGUGUUACGUGGCGGCGUUCACCGUCUCCUCCUACUCCACCACGGUCCACCGCACAGGAAAACCCUUCAACCCGCUGCUGGGGGAGACCUUCGAACUGGACCGCCUGAGAGAGAGCGGCUACAGGUCCCUCUGCGAGCAGGUGAGCCAUCACCCCCCAGCGGCAGCCCACCACGCUAUCUCUGAACGCGGCUGGACCCUGAGACAGGAGAUCGCCCUGGCCAGCAAGUUCAGGGGCAAAUACCUCUCCAUCAUGCCUCUCGGGUCGAUUCACUGUAUAUUUGAGAAGAGCGGUAAUCAUUACUCCUGGAAGAAGGUCACCACCACAGUUCACAACAUCAUCGUGGGAAAACUGUGGAUUGACCAGUCUGGAGAGAUUGACGUGGUGAACCAUAAGACAGGCGAUCGCUGCCACCUUAAGUUUGCCCCUUACAGCUACUUCUCCAGAGACGUGGCCAGAAAGGUGACGGGGGUGGUGACGGAUAAGGAGGGGAAGGCACACUACGUGUUGUCGGGGACGUGGGAUGAGAAGAUGGAGUGCUCCCGUGUCAUGCAGAGCAGCAGAGGAGGAGAGAACGGAACGGAGGGAAGACAAAAAACCGUUUAUCAAACACUCAAAGCCCGGGAACUGUGGAGGAAAACCCCGCUGCCGGAGGGUGCCGAGACCAUGUACUACUUCUCCUCUCUGGCCCUGACCCUCAACGAGCCGGAGGAGGGCGUGGCACCCACUGACAGCAGGCUGAGGCCGGACCAGAGGCUGAUGGAGCAGGGCCGCUGGGAGGAGGCCAACGCCGAAAAACAGAGACUAGAGGAGAAACAGCGCAGCGUCCGCCGCGAGAGGGAGAGAGAAGCCGCCCGCACCGCCAACUCCACAGAGGAGGGUAAGACAGAGUCAGAGGAGGACAACUACAAGGCUCUGUGGUUUGAGCGUACCGAGGACCCCGCCACAGGAGAGCCCACGCACAUCUACAAGGGAGGGUACUGGGAAGCCAAGGAACAGAGCAACUGGGAAUGCUGCCCGGACAUAUUCUGAUCCGGUCCGUGUCUCUGGCCUCGCCCCCCUCCCCUCCGCAGCCGGCGAAAACAGACUGCCCCAAAAAUAUGUACAACUGACUGCCACCCGCCAUGCCCUCUUCACUAUACCAGGGCAAAACUGGCAUCGGCCAACUACAGUGCCCCUCUCCCUCCACCCACACUGCUGUCUUUUGGCCCCUCCCACAUCUCUCCCUCUCUCUCUCUCUCUCUCUCUCUCUCUCUCUCUUUCUCUUUCUCUCUCUUUUUCCCUCUCUCUCUCUCUCUCUCAUUCUCUCUGGAUCUUUGGACUGGGACAAGUGAACAGUCUUGUAAUCAGAAGGCAGGACACCUGUGAUACCUUUUUCUCUGUCCUAGAUACCCCCCCCCCCUCUCUCUCUCUCUCUCCCCCUCCCUCUGUGUGUGUUUUCUCUAACACACUUUUUCUCUCUCUGGUGGGGACAGUAUAGUCACAUACUCUGAUUAGUGUGUGUUUGUGAUAGAGCACUGUUAGAAUUCUUUCAUCUCUGUGUGUGUGUGUGUGUGUGUGUGGGCGGGCGUGUGUGUGUGUGUGUGGGCAGAGGCCCAGCUGUCAGCAUGCCCUUGUUUCACUCUGACGCCCUGUUUCUCUCUCACAGGGUUUGUGUGUGUGGGGAAGACGAAUAAUGAGAAAAAGAUUCGUGAAGGGAUUUGAGAGGUGUGUGU